AUGGGAUCCAGCACUGAUCAUCAAACAGCAAUGAUCGAACAGGAUAUUCCCACUUAUGCCCCUUCCUUGCCUGUGCCAAAUGUACAAGAAAUGGUGAGAAAGAACCCUCUACAUGUUCCUGAGAGAUACAUAAGAAACCAAGAAGAGAGACCCAAAAGCACUGAUAGAACUCACCUUUCCUCUGAGAUUCCCAUCAUUGAUCUGUUCCUGCUCUCUAAUGGACAAGAGGAGGAGCUCAAGAAAUUGGAUGUGGCCUGCAAAGAAUGGGGCUUCUUUCAGGUAUAUAUUUCCAUAUCUUGGCAGGUGGUUAAUCAUGGAGUGGCAGAAGAAGUGUUACAGCGCAUGAAGGAUGCUUCAGCCGGUUUUUUUGACCUAGCAUUGGAAGAGAAGAACGAGUACUCGAUGCCCCCAAAUGACAUUCAAGGCUAUGGCCAUGCCUAUGUGGUUUCUGAAGAGCAGAAGCUGGACUGGUCCGACGCUCUGAUUCUUGUUGUCUACCCAUCUAGAUUCAGGAGGCUUCAGUUUUGGCCUGCCAAACCAAAUCAAUUGGGAGAGACCAUUGAGGCCUAUUCAAGUGAAGUCAGAAGGGUUGCAGAGGAGCUGCUGAGCUCUAUAUCUCUGAUCAUGGGGCUGGAGGACGACGCCCUUUCAAAAUUGCACAAGGAAUUGGUGCAAGUUUUGAGAGUUAAUUACUACCCAAUUUGCGCAAAGCCUGAUCAGGUACUGGGCAUAAGCCCCCACUCGGAUUCAAGCACAAUUUCCAUACUGAUGCAGGAAGAGAAUGUCGAUGGCUUAGAGAUCCGGCAUGACGGCGACUGGGUGCCUGUGAAGCCAAUUCCAAAUGCUCUUGUGGUGAACAUUGGAGAUGUCGUUGAGAUUUUGAGCGACGGGAAGUACAAAAGUGUUGAACACAGAGCUGUAACAAAUGGGAACAGAGCAAGGAUUUCUUACGCGACCUUUCUCUUCCCGCACGACGAUAUCGAAAUCGGCCCGCUCGAUCGUUUCAUCAGUCCUGACAGGCCUUCAAGUUUGUACAAGAAGGUUAGGUACGGAGACUUUCUCAGGCAAUCGUUAAACCGGAAACUUGAAGGAAAAUCUCAUACCCAGAUGGCAAGGAGCGAAUAGCAAGCGCUAGUUUCAUCGGUCUCUGUUCUAUCGAUCUCGUCAAUUCUUGGUUAGCCGGAGGCUCUUCAGAAUUCAGAAACGUCGUACUGUUCUAUAAAUUGCUUUGUCAAGUAAUUGCUUUUGUCAAGUUGGAUGAUGAAUUUGUAUAGAGCAUCCGGCAGAAUUAUGCUUCC